AUGCUCGACACCACCAGCCCGCUCCACGAAUUCCCAAGCUGGGCGUCCAUGGGCGCGUCGGAACAUCCGGCGCUCAGCGCGGAGUCCGUCUCCCUGGAUGAGGAACUGUACACAAGCCAGUUGGGCCUCAAUGGCUUUGACUUCUCGUUCGCGCAGCUGGUCAGCCCGGCGCUAUGUCCGGAAUUCGACGUCGCGACUGGCGAAACAACGCCCUUGGGUCUUUACGACGCCUUGCAACCGAUGGACGUGGCUGAUGCCCCGUGUGCACCAGGAUUCGCGGAAAAAGUCACAUCGCUAUUCGGAGAAUCCUCGUUUAACAUUGCUCCCGAGCCCAAGCGGGUCUCUGGCGGCGACCUCUCGCUGCACGACCUGCUCCGGUCGACUUCGCAAUUAGCCACCGAGCGCGCGCUCUACAUGACCAGUCUUCCGGGGACGGGGACGGGGAGUGGGACUGGAAGCACUUCAUCACACGAUAGCCAUCAUCUUACUCAUAGCCGCAGCGCAGCGGCACGACUCCGCUUCGCUCCGUCGCCCAUAACUGAAGACCCCUGCAGUUCCCCCGGGACGAGUCACCAGUCAUACAGCGGCAGUGAGAGCGACUGGGAACGGGAAUACAGCAACACCAACUACGGCGACCCAGGCCCGUUCUACGGCCUCUCCGAGAUUGGAUUCUCCGACUCUAUCGCCUCGCUGGAUCACACGCUUGACGAAGUCAUCCACCACCAGCAGCAACAUCAGCCAUUAGACACCCCCCUGUCCAACUCUCACCCGGAGCCGAGGCGGAAAAGCGUCGUCGGGCACAUGAACCUCCCGAAUUAUCAGCCCCUGGACACUACCACUCUUGCUGCAGACGAUGACGAUGACGAGGAGGAGAACGGGCUUACCCCGCUGGAGAUGCCGGAUGGGAGUACCCGCUUCACGACCAACUGGCUCCCCGUCGACCCAGAGGGUGGAUUCACUAUCCGCGCACCGCCAUCCCCGAGACCGAGAAGAGUAGUGAGGGUGAGACACAACCACAAUCCUCCGACCCUGACCCAUGCUUGGGGCUCCGAUCACACGGACCCGUACUAUUUCCCCCAGGAUGCUUUCAUCGCUUUGCCGACUGAUUGA